AUGUCUCUCAAGUACAUCCUCCCUGCGCUCGCCGCUUCCCAGGCUGUGUUCGCUGCCUCCGACUGCGGUGACACCAAGAUCCAGACCCAGAGCGAUGCCGAUGGCAUCAACUCUUGCAAGACCAUCAAGGGUGACAUCACCAUUGACAAGUCAUACAGCGGUGACCUCAGCCUGAGCGGUAUCGAGAAGAUCACUGGUGGCCUCAAGUGCUCCCAGGGUGCCAACGUCAGCUCUAUCACUGCUUCUGCCCUCACCAGCAUCGGUGAUGCCUUCGACCUUGAGGGUCUGACUACCCUCACCCUGCUCGACUUCGCCGAGCUCGACUCCGUUGGCAGCAUCAACUGGGAUGCUCUCCCCAAGCUCCAGUCCCUCAGCUUCGCCAAGGGUGUCACCAAGGCUGGUGAUGUCAGCAUCACCAACACUGGUCUGACCGACCUGAACGGUAUCCAACUGCAGACCGUCGGUCUCUUCAGCAUCCAGAACAACCGUGACCUGAAGACCAUCAACAUCAACAACCUGAAGAACGCUACCGAUUCCAUCAGCUUCUCCGGAAACUACGACACCCUCGAGGUCAACUUCCCCAAUCUCGGCACUGGUAAGGGUAUGACCUUCCAGAACAUCUCUGCUGUCUCCCUGCCUUCCCUCGAGAAGCUCACCGGUCAGCUCGGCUUCUGGGGUACCAAGUUCGAGACUUUCUCUGCUCCCAACCUCACCCAGACCGGUGACUUGGUCUUCAAGAACAACGACAAGCUCUCCAACAUCUCCAUGCCCGUCCUGAAGACCGUCGACGGUGGUUUCACUAUCGCCCGUGAUGACGACCUCAACAUCAUCUCUCUGUCCAGCCUUCAGCGCGUCAACGGUGCCAUUGACUUCAGCGGUACCUUCAACAAGGUCUCCCUCGGUGCUCUCAAGGAUGUUGCCGGUACCUUCAACCUGCAGUCCACCCACGGUAACUUCUCUUGCUCCGACUUCAAGGAGCUGAAGAACCAGCACGUCAUCAAGGGUGACUUCAAGUGCAACGCCACCAGCAACAACCCCACCACCUCCAACGGCACCUCCGGCACCUCCGGUACCUCCACCGGUAGCGGCUCUUCCAGCACCUCUUCCGGUGCUGCCUACUUCAACGGUGCCAACGUCCCCGUUGCCGGUCUCGCCGCCUUCUUCGGUGUUCUCGCCUCUUUCCUGUAA